UGUGUGUUUCUUUCUGUUUUUACAAGCCAGAUCGCAUCUCUUUGGCUUAAAUGUAGUCUUAGAUCUGGUUUCGCAAUGUCAAACACCUUUCUUCUAUACAGACUCUUCCAUUAAAUUACAUCUCACUCAUGUGCCUUAAUUCGCUGCCUCUUCCACACAAAUUUCUCAACUUAACCACUCACGUUUGAAGCUCUUCAUUGCCGAACCUUUUUACUAGCAUUCGAGUGACUCGACUCGACUCGAUUACAUUCCUCUUAACCUCAAAAACAAUUUGUAUACCACAGCAAUGUCCUCCACUUACACCCUCCCAUUCUCCACCACAACCACCACCCCCGCGCCACUCCUCCCACCCUCCUUCGCCACCCCCGCCUUCACCACAUUCCUCACGCGCCUCCACACCACUCUCCAAACUGCGUUCUCUCAACGCCGCCCCUGGUACGAACUCAUCGACAAAACCUCCUUCUCCCGUCCCCUCUCCAUCCCCAACGCCUCAUCUCGCAUCCGCAAAAACAUCUCCUACUUCCGAAUAAACUACCUCACAAUACUCUCCUCAAUCCUCGCCUUUUCUCUCCUCUCUCACCCCUUCUCUCUCUUCAUCCUACUCUCUCUCCUCGCUGCAUGGCUCUUCCUCUACCUCUUCCGCCCCUCUGAUCACCCUGUGAUCAUACUCGGCCGCGUCUACUCUGAUCGCGAGACGCUAGGAGUCCUGAUUACCGCGUCAUUGAUCGUGAUCUUUGUCACGGGAUCACUGAUCAUGACAUCGAUGUUGGUUGGAGUGGGAGUUGUGUGUGUGCAUGGAGCGUUUAGGGUUCCUGAGGAUUUGUUUCUUGAUGAACAAGGUAGUGCUGGUGGUACUGGGAUGUUCUCGAUGCUCAGUGGCGCCGCGACGUCUGCUGCUGUUGCUGCUGGUUCUAACAUGGUUUGAUACGGACAUUGAUGUUAGUACUAGAUGUGAUCUUGUUGAUCAUCAUUCGCUUCAUUCUUGGCAAUGAUUUUAACUCUGUAAUGCUGUUAAACAUAAGAAAUAUACACUUGAUCGGAACGGAUUUAGCAAAAAACAUGGGCACACAUAUUUUUUUUCUUGGCACUUGAUAAA